AUGAACCGCACCAUCCAGAACUACCAGAAGGCCUACAGGAAAAAGGUUGAGGGCCUGAAGACUGAGCUGACCUCCACUCGCGCCGACAACAGCCAGCUGCGGACGCAGGUGCGGCGGCUGCGGCGCCGCAAGAUCGCGCACCCGCCCAGCCUGCUCGUCGGCGCGGCGGUGGGCGUGCUGGCGGCGGACGUGAUCAAGAGCGUCGUGAAGACGAUCAAGCAGCGGCUGCGGCGCGGCGGCGGCGGGGGCGACAAGGACGAGGGGGCGACGGUGCCCGCACUGCCGGCGCCGGCGGCGCCCGCGACCGAGGAGGAGCGCGCGGCGGCGGCCGCAGGUGCGGCGGCGGCGGUCGUGGCGGCGGCUGCCGCGGCCGCGGGGAAGCAGGAGGACGAGGGCGGGGACGAGUGA